AUGGCGCCCUUCCCCCCGCCUCCGGUCAACACCAUUGACUGGUCCAAUGUUGGCUUCCGUGUUCGCGAGGUGAACGGCCACAUCGAAUCCCACUAUUCCGUCAAGACCGGAAAAUGGUCUCCCCUCCGUUUCGUCGCCGACCCCUACAUGCGCAUUCACGGCAUGGCCCCGGCUCUCAACUACGGUCAGCAGGCCUACGAGGGGCUCAAGGCCUUCCGCCUGCCGGGCAACGAUACCAUCGCCAUUUUCCGCCCGGACCGUAAUGCCGCUCGCCUCCAACACAGCGCCGAGUUCAUCUCCAUGCCCCCGGUGCCCAUUGACUUCUUCCUCGAGGCCGUCAAGGCCGCCGUCGCCCUCAACGCCGAGUACGUCCCCCCCGCACGAGACCGGCGCCGCCAUGAGUACACCUUCUGCGUCUUCGUGCUGCCCACGGGCGUCUACCACGGCACGCACCCGGUCAAGGCGCUGAUCCUGGACGACUUUGACCGCGCGGCCCCCAACGGCACUGGCAGCGCCAAGGUCGGCGGCAACUACGCGCCCGUGUUGCGCUGGAGCGAGCGCGCCCGCAACGAGGGCUACGGCAUCACCCUGCACCUCGACAGCAAGCGCCACGAGGAGGUCGACGAGUUCAGCACCAGCGGCUUCAUCGGCGCCCUGGUCGACGGCAACGACAUCACCCUCGUCGUGCCCGACAGCACCGCCGUCAUCGACAGCGUCACCAGCGACAGCAUCCAGCACCUCGCCCGCAGUUUCGGCUGGAAGGUCCAGAAGCGCGCCAUCAAAUACACCGAACUCCCCGCCUUCCAAGAAGUCAUGGCGGCCGGCACCGCGGCCUCCCUCGUCCCCAUCCGCUCCAUCACGCGGCGCAACAGCGCUGCUCUCCCCGCCGGCCCCCGCGUGUCCUCGUCCUCCGCCACCGGCGAAGAAAAAGUCACCUACACGCCCGACGGCUACGACGAGCCCGGCCCGCUGUGCCUGCGCCUGCUGGGCGAGCUGAAGGGCAUCCAGCUGGGGCAGCGCGAGGACAAAUUUGGGUGGCGCGUGGAGGUGACGGAGGCGGAUGCGAGGAGGGUGGUGGUGGAGGAGGAGAAGCAGGGGAAUGGGAAUGGCCAGACCGUGGAUCAGCUCGACUAG